GCUAUGAAAACUUGCAAGCAAACUUUCAGGGGGUUUCACCACUGUUCACUGAGUACAGCAAAUGCAAGUAGGUGGUGAUACUCAGUCUAACUGGAGUAUCUUAGUUUGUGAUCCCUCAACACCCCCAAAGUCCAGUGAAGGGGUACUCAGAGACACACUGCCAUGUCAGAGACCCUGAUAACUGGGCAGACAUCAGAGGAUCUGUUGGCCGACUUUGAGACUUUGCUGAACUCUGGGAGUCUCAACCUGGGCGAGGACCAGCAGAUAGUGAUCAUCACCACCCCCAGCAAUGAGGGACUCCACCCAGCUGCUGCCCCCACCAGCACAGGGGAGAUCCUGCUGUUUGCUACCCCACAGGGCCCUGCUGAUGUGGGGAUCCAGGACAAGAGACGACCGGCUCUGGGAAAACCUCCGGUGAAGAGAAAGUUGGAUCUUGAUAGUGACCAUCAGUAUGUCAGCACCGCUCGACCAUCUAUAGGCCAGGCACCACCUUCCACACCUGCACCUCCCAGAGUUCCUCGGACCACAACGGAAAAGUCACGGUAUGACACUUCCUUGAACCUAACCACCAAGCGCUUUCUGAACCUGUUGUCCCAGUCGGCUGAUGGUGUGGUGGAUCUAAACUGGGCCUCACAGGUCCUGGAUGUCCAAAAGAGACGCAUUUAUGACAUAACCAAUGUCCUGGAGGGAAUCCAUCUCAUCUCCAAGAAGUCCAAAAACAACAUCCAGUGGCUUGGUAAUCGAAUUGAUGCGGAAUUGGUUUCUCGCCAUAAGGAUUUGCAGAAGGAGGUGUGUGACCUCACAGAGGCAGAGGAGCAGCUGGACGAGCUCAUUUCCAAAUGCACCCUACAGCUCCGACUGCUCACAGAGGAUCCACAGAACAAGAAGCUGGGAUAUGUGCGUUGCCAAGACUUGAAGAAGUCAUUUGAUUCCCCAGACCAGCUGGUCAUGGUGAUCAGAGCUCCACCAGAGACCCAGAUGCAAGUUGCAGAACCCAGUGAGGGUUACCAGGUGUCACUGAAGAGCACCAGGGGACCUAUCGACGUCUUCCUUUGUCCAGAAGACAGCUCUGGCAUCUGUAGCCCCGUGUCAGGAAGUAGUCCCUCAAAACCCAAUACUGACCCUUCCCUGGUCUCGCCUCCCACACAAUCCACAGACCAGUCACAAUCCAGAACAUCCACAACAGCUCUGGAAGUGGGUUUAUCAUCUCCAGCAUCCACAUCAUCCACAGUGACGGCAGCCUCCCAGCAGGACCCCUCAUCACUGGUGUUAGGCGGUGACACAGACUCACUCCUGGGAGGAGACCCGUUCUCCACUCUCGGAGACAUGCCCGAUUUUGACCUGUCACCCCUCUCCUCCUCGGACUUCCUGAAUGGAGAGGGCCUCGCUCUUCCAUUGGACAGUUUCAUCAACCUGUCCCCCCCUCACAGUCACGACUACCACUUUGGGCUGGAGGACCACGAAGGAAUCAGUGAACUGUUUGACUGUGAUUUUGGUGACCUGUUGCACGUUUUGGGGCACAGUUAGAUGAGAGAGAGAAGAGGAGAGGAGAAGCAUAUGGGCAAAUGUAGGACGUUUCCUCUGUGUCCUGUGGUUUGUAAAGAGCAUCUGGGAAUCGACAUUUAAUGGACGAAUCUUUGAAUUACUGCACACAGUUGUGAGGUGUGGGAAAAGGUUUCAUGCAGCCCAGAAUACAACUAAUGAAAAGUCCACAAAAUUUUAUUUUAUUUUAUUUUUUCAAUCAAAAAGAAGGCGCUCAUGAUGGCAGCCUUGGUUACUUGUGCUCUCUUGUUUGUUCUGAUUCUGAAAAUUGUACAGCAUAUUAUUAGAACAUGUCUUUGGCCACUUAAAAAUUUUAGAUAAAGACUUUAGCUUUGCUAUAGCUAUUUAAAUUAUUUAUGUGAAUGUUAUUUUGAUAUUGCGUGAGUUUUUCGUGUUCUUGGUAAUGUUUUAUCCAAGCAGAUUGUUCAGGUGUUUGUGAGCAGAAUACGGAUGACGAGGUUUUUGUAACUCGGAUUCUUAUCUGCUACAACAGCUUUAGGCUGAAGCUGCCCGCAGCGCAGCUAGAAUUAUGGGUAGUGCAGGUUCAGUUUUCCCAAAGCAUCUUGGAU